AUGAUUGAUAACCAGAAGAAUUAUACCUACAGUGUCCGCUGUAAAGACGUUGCUCGAGUGGUGGAAUUUUCGCCUUAUGAACUGUCCAGCAAAUUGUUGGCUGUCGGCACGAGUACACAAAUUAUUAUCGCAUCAUGCCGUUUCCCUGAAGAGGACCCAGAACUGGAAGACAUUGAAUAUGAAGAGUUGCAGAUUUUUCAGCCAGGAUGUAGCAUCACUGCCCUCAGCUGGAGCCCAGAAACUUCCGUUUCUGUUAUUUCCAGUUCUUUAAGAUUUGUAGCUGCAGGAAUGGAUCAUAAUCUGAGAAUAGUAAAUCUAAAUUUGAAAUCUGAUCCAGAUGUUGAAUUUCUCAAAGGUCACAAGAGUUUCAUCAAUGCUGUUGCUUAUGAGCCUAAUCUGGGUCAGCAAAUUGCCAGUGUCGGAGAUGACAACACCUGCCGAGUUUGGGAGAAAGAUAAAGACAGUAGUGAGAUUAAAGAAGCCAUGUGUUUCUACCUCAUGUCUCCAGGGGUCAGUGUUUGUUGGCAUAAUGAAGAACCCAAAAAGAUCCUGGUUGCUCAAAAGAAUGGUAUUUUACGUUUCUUCAGUCUCCAUAACCAACAACCAAUCAUGUCACUUGAUUGUGGCCAAUCCCCAUUAAUGUCUGCAGACUGGUGCCACAUGAAUUCUCUUGCCGUUGCAGCUGGAGCAUCAACAGAUUGGCUGCUUUUUGAUUCAUCUGUUUCAAGUGCCCCUGCUGACAAGAAGCAAGCCCAUACAGAAGGAAUCCAACAAAUUCGUUGGUGCAGAUGUUCAGAUAAUCUCCUGGCCACAAUUGGACACCCAGGCUGUCAGUUAAAGGUGUUCAGUGUCAAACAACAGCAGCUUCUGAUGUCACAGUCUUACCCUGUAGGAUCUGGAUUGUCAUGGCACCUGAGACUCCCAAUCCUGGUUGUGGCUGGUGACCAACGCCUGUAUUUCUGGUCAGCAAGUUCAAGUUGA